CCUCCUCCUUUUUUCUCUCUCUCCCUGCAAUUUCUCCUUCUUCCCUUUCUUUCUCUCUCUACAAACUCUUCCUUUUUGUUACCAUUUUCCUUUCUCUCUCUCUCUCUCUCUCUCUCUCUCUCUCACUUUCACUUUCACUCUCUAUUAUACACGAUGUAACUCUCUCUCUCUCUCUGUAACCUUAAUUCUGAUUUCAAUGUUGUGCUCUUUCUUCGCUCGAAUCCUCCUUCAACUCCUUCACAAACUUCGGAACACAGUUUUCACUGUUUCAUUCAGUUUGUAGCUGAAUUUCAGCUUCUUUGAAACCUAAAAGAUUCAUAUUAAUUGGGAAUUUUAGUUAAAAGCUUUGGAUCUUUAAAUUGAAUACUAUCACUUCCUAUUCAGACUCUAUCGUUUGAGAGAUGAAUCAAGUGAAAACUGAGAAUGAGGAUGAUAUGCAAUGCAAUGAUCAAACGAGGUCACAGUUGAACGAUGAGGGUAAUGGAGGAAGUGUUGGUGGAGUUGUUGUUCUGAAGAAAGGGCCAUGGACAUCUGCGGAAGAUGCUAUUUUGGUUGACUACGUCAGGAAGCAUGGAGAGGGGAACUGGAAUGCUGUUCAGAAGAAUUCUGGACUGUCUCGAUGUGGAAAAAGUUGUCGGCUGCGAUGGGCAAAUCACUUACGGCCAAAUUUAAAGAAAGGGUCAUUUACUGCUGAUGAGGAGCAGUUGAUUGCUAAACUCCAUUCCAAAAUGGGAAACAAAUGGGCACGUAUGGCAGCACACUUGCCUGGUCGUACAGAUAAUGAAAUAAAGAACUACUGGAAUACUCGGACCAAGAGGUGUCAACGGGCUGGCUUGCCAGUUUAUCCUAAAGAAGUGCGUAAGCGACCAUUUCAAGAGGGUCAACGUGGCCAAGGCACUGGUGGAAUCAAUGAUGGUGAUAGAGGGCAUCAUGAUUUCUUGCCGAAAAACAACUAUGAGAUGCAUGAUGCAAUAUUUGACAAUUUGAAUUUGAAGCAAAAUCAGGGAAUCUUACCUAUUGCAAUUGUGCCAGAGAAUCCUGAUAUUUCUGCUAACAGCAUCCUGCUAAACAGUUUUGAUUCUCCUCCAUAUUGUAAUUCUGUGCCAUCAGCACUACCUAACCAUCACCAUCUCCGAGAAUCAACAAUGCCUUUUCUCGGUUCAAGUGGAACAAACAAGAAUUGGUUUUAUCCUUAUUACCAUGUUCAGGAUCAUACUUCUGAUAAGAUUGUACAAUCAUUUGAAUUGCAUUCUCCACUUGAUCCUAGUCCUUCCUCACAUUACUCAAUGUGUUACCUCCAUUCCCUAUCAAAUGGCAAUUCCUCCACUUCUAAGCCGACAUCCAAGGCUGUGAAGUUGGAGCUCCCUUCACUCCAAUAUCCAGAAACCGGCUUUGGUGGCUGGGGUACCUUUCCCCAACCUCCAUUGAAUGAGUCUGUUGAUGUAUUCAAUCAGUCUCCUCUGCCACAUGCUGCGCUAGAGUCCGGUUGUUCUUCACCACAUAAUAGUGGCACGCUCGAGGCCUUAGUUUAUCAGUCGAAGACUUUUCCAAAUUCAAAGAACAAUAGUUCUGACAAGAGUUCACAUUCAUCUACUGCAACUCCGGUUGACAGAGCUGAGAGUUCUGUUUUGAACAUGAAUGAAACAGAAUGGGAAGAUUACACUGACCGGGCAUCUCCCUUUGGUGCAACCUCAAUCCUGAAUGAGUGUCAUGCUGUUAACACCAAUGGGAACUCAUGGGAUAAAUUGACACCUGCUCAGAACUUUAAUGGCAACAAUGUGAAAUAUGAGCCUGUUGACCAAGUUUCUACCCCUAACAGUGAAAAUCAACCCAUGUCUUUGUUGAACAUCACUUGGCCAGAUGUUUUGUUAGCUUCAGAUUGGAAUGACCAGUUUAUGGACCUGAGAAGAACAUGACUGACGCUAAUGACGACUUAAUGAUGACUGAUGCAUGUUAUGAACUUUUCCUUAUGCAUUCAUGUUAUUCUUUUUACACGAGUAAUCCUUGUAAUAUCUUUAGGUUUUGCACUUAUUUUAUACAAUCUGGAAACUCCUAUGACAAUGCACUUCUGCAGGUAUUUGAAUAAUUUGUAGAACAACAUGGCACUUGAAACUUUGGAUUGCAAGCUGCUAAAUGGUGUGAGAAUGCCUUGUAUUUCUUUGCUCAUCAUGUUUGCUGAUUGUGCUAAUAUUUUGUCAUUGAUUUGAUUA